AAAAAAUAAAAAUAAAAACUAUCCAAUAUAUAACAAAAUAAAUAAAUAUGUUUUCAUCAAGAGAUAAAGCUGAAGUUAAAUUAUAUUUUGAUAGCUCAAAUGAAGAAAAUCUUAAAAUUUUAGAGCAAUGUCCAUCACUUUACCAAGAAUAUAAUGCCAAGGUAACUGAUAAUGACAGAAUUAAUAAUAUAGAGGGAUCAGAACCAACCAUUAGAAAUGGUGUUACCUAUUAUCCACCAUAUUACCUUUACAAUUCACAUGUUAUGAAUUAUUAUGGUUCUUUUAAAAUCCCAAAAUUAAAUUUACCAAUUCGUCGUGAAUCAUUAAUAAAUCCAGCAGAUAAUGGAACCAUUUCUUUAGAUUGGUUCGAAUUAGGAGAAUUUAAAGAAGACACCCCAACAAUUGUAAUUUGUCAUGGUUUAACAGGUGGAUCACAUGAACGUUAUAUUCAAUAUUUUGCUAGAAAAGCAUAUAAAGAAAAAGGAUUUAGAUGUGUCGUAUUCAAUUAUAGAGGUUGUGCAGGCAAUAAAGUAACAGCUGAAAAACUUUAUAGUGCAGUUCAAUUAGAUGAUAUCAAAUACAUUACAGAAUAUGUUCAACAACAAUUACCAUCAGUUAAAAAAUGGUUUUUAGUUGGUUUCAGUUUAGGUUCAGCAAUUCUUGUAAACUAUUUAGCAGCAGCCGGUAAAAACUCACCAUAUCUUGCACAUGUUUCAAUUUCAAAUCCAAUGAAUAUGAUCGAAUGUACCAAAAAUCUCAGUUCAACCUACAUAAAUAAUUUAAUCUAUAACAAAGGUUUAGCCAAUAAUUUGAAGCGUUUAGCCUUCAAGUUUGGCGAUCGUUUAGAAAAAUAUGGAACUAAAGAACAAAUUGGUGCAUGUCAAACCAUUAUGGAUUUCGAUAAUCUUGUUACAAGUAAAAUGUUUGGUUUCGAAACUGCUGAACAAUAUUAUCUCGCUGCAUCAUCAUCACAAUCCAUUGAUAAGCUCGAAAAACCAAUUCUUUUCAUUAAUGCCAUCGACGAUCCAAUCGCACCAGUCGCCGGUUUCCCAUGGGACAAAUUCAAAUCAAACCCAAAUACAAUUUUAGCCACCACAAGAUGGGGAGCACAUUUAGGAUUCAUCUCUUACGAAGAUCAUUUAUCUUUUUCCGAUAAAAUCGCUGUAGAAUAUUUAAGUACUUUUUUAAAAGACGACGCUCAAGAUAAAACCGAAUAAAAUAAAAUUAUAAAAUUAAAACAUU